GUCUGUGGUUUUGAUUCUGACGUGACGUGAGUGCAGGACGGACACGACGACGACUUGAUCGUAUUAAUUUUCGGCUGCAAAAGCUAUCCCGUACGUUGUUCACGUUUCACAUGAUAGAGUUCACAAAAUAUACGAUAAAAGACCACUAUAUUCCUGGCAUUGUGACUUAGUACACAUACUAACAAAAUGGGGAAGGCUAAAAAAGGGAAGAAGAACUCGACAGUGGACGAGGGUGACAGUGAUGUAGAAACUACAAAUAUUGAUAACGUUAAGCCGGCGCAGAAGGCAAAAAAGAUUUCAGUGGAUUCUGAUAGCGAAGAUGAGAAGCCUAAACCUAAGGCCAAACAUAAGAAGUCGGUAGAUGAAGAUGUUAAAGAAGUCACAAAAAAUAUUAAAAAUGUCUCAAUUUCAAAUAAAGGAAAUCGUAAGAAGAAGGAUGUUAGCAGCGACGAAGAAUCAGAUGAAGAGGAGCAAAAACCAAAGAAAAAUAAAAAGAAAGAGGAAAAGAAGAGUGCGUUUUCUUUAUUACAAAUUGAGGAUGGUGACGAUUCUCCACCUGAAGCUCCUCCAUCAUCAGAUGAUGAAAAGCCUGCCCCUAAAUCUCAAAAGAAACCAGUGCAAGAAAAGAAAGAACCAGCUGGCAAGAAAGGUAAAAAAGGAAGAAGAAAUAAGAAUGACAGUGAUGAUGAUAUAGAAAAAGUAUUAGCAGAAUUAGAAAUGGAAUAUGCAGGUAUAAAGAAGGAACCAACUCCAGCUCCUGAACCGGAAAAAAUUGAAGAAGUAGUAGAAGAAAAAGCUAAAACUAAAAAGAAAGGCAAAAAGGAUGAACCCAAACCAGAGCCAGAAAAGGAGGAUGACAAAGAAGGUAGUGACAAUGAAAAUGAUGUCACCAUAAAGACAGCAGCGCAAAAGAAAAAAGAGAAAAAAGAAAGGGAAAAGUUGAAAAAGCUAGAAGCAAAAAAGAAAGAGAAGGAACAAGAUGGUAAAAAAGAACCUGGUGAGCCUAAGCCUAAAGCUGCUGAAGUUCAAAGUAAACCUGAAGAAGAAGCUAAGGAAACACCUGCUGCCAAGGAGCCAUCAGAAGAAAAAGAUGCAGAAGGUGAUACCCCUGCUGAAGGAAAGAAGAAGAAGAAGAAAGGUGAAAAAGCUGAAAAGGAAGAUAAAGGAAAGAAAGGCCCCACUAAAAAGACCAUUGCUGCUAUGCAGGAAGCUCUUAAAAAGGUGCAAGAAGAGGAAGAACGACUUAAAAGAGAAGAGGAAGAAAGGAUAAGGCAGGAAGAGGAGCGUGAAAGACAAAGACUGGAAGCUAUAAGAUUAGAAAAGGAAAAGAAAGAAAGGAAAAAGCAGAAAGAAAAGGAGAGAAAAGAAAGAUUAAAGGCUGAAGGAAAGUUAUUGACUCCUAAGCAGAAGGCUGAGAAAGCGAGAGCUCAAGCUAUGUUGGAGUCUCUUAAGGCUCAGGGUAUAGAAGUUGGUUCUGCUGAGAAGAAACCACUUAGGCCUGGAACUAGAGUUAAGCCUGGCAAGUUGAAAACUCAGAUGUCACAGGAAGCUCCAGCUACACCUGCAGAAGAGAAAAAAACAGAAUUAAAGGCUGAAGAAAAGGAUAAGAAGGAGGAAUCUCCGAAAAUUGAGGAGAAGAAAGAAUCUGAUACAGAAUCAGUGAAAGAUGCUUGGGAUGCGGAGUCUUCGGAAGAGGAGGCGGAACCCGAGAAGCCAGAGACACCACAGACUCCUGCCAAGGAGCAGAAAUCUACACCUGCGUCUGCUAAGGAGAAAGUGGAAGAAGAAGAGAGUUCUGAAGAAGAUGAUGAUAGCUCAGAAGAGGACAGCAGUUCUGAGGAGGACUCGGAAGAUGAUGACGGCAUGACGGAUGCUCAGAAGAAGAGGGAAGUUGUAUUGAAAAGAUUAGAGAAACGUCGCCAAGAAAACGAAGCGAAUAAAACGAACAACCCACUUCGCGCCGCCGUCGUUUGUGUGUUGGGUCACGUAGAUACGGGCAAGACUAAGAUCCUUGACAAGCUGCGCCGUACUAACGUACAGGAUGGUGAAGCCGGCGGUAUCACCCAGCAGAUUGGAGCCACCAACGUCCCUAUCGAGAAUAUUAAGGAGCAAACUAAACAUGUUAAAGGGGUGAAUGAGAUAGCAUUCAAGUUGCCAGGUCUUCUCAUCAUCGACACUCCUGGCCACGAGUCCUUCAGUAACUUGAGGAAUAGAGGGUCUUCACUUUGUGAUAUUGCUAUUCUUGUAGUCGAUAUAAUGCACGGUUUGGAGCCGCAGACUAUCGAGUCUAUAAACCUCCUUAAAACAAAGAAGACGCCGUUCAUAGUGGCUCUAAACAAGAUAGAUCGUCUGUACGACUGGCAGAGUGCCCAGCGUAAGGAUGUAAGGGAUAUCUUGAAGAUGCAGCAACCCAACACACAAUUGGAGUUUGAAAAGAGGAGCAAGGAUGUCAUGCUGCAGUUUGCUGAACAGGGUCUCAACGCAGCGCUGUUCUACGAGAACCCUGACCCUCGUACUUACGUGUCCUUAGUCCCUACGUCUGCGGUGACAGGCGAAGGUAUGGGCAACCUGCUGGCAAUGAUCGUGCAGGCCUGCGAAGGUCCUCUGCAUAAGAGACUUGUGUUCUCUCAACAAUUACUGGCUACUGUGCUUGAGGUGAAAGCCAUUCCCGGUUUGGGUACGACUAUAGAUACAAUUCUGAUCAAUGGAACAUUGCAUGAAGGUGAUACUAUGGUACUAGCCGGUACCGAUGGGCCAAUCGUCACGCAGAUACGAUCACUGCUUAUGCCCCAACCUAUGAAGGAACUGCGUGUCAAGAACGCCUACAUCGAGCACAAAGAAGUAGUGGGUGCUCAGGGAGUAAAGAUCGCGGCUAAGGAGUUAGAAAAGGCAAUCGCUGGUCUGAAUCUGCUGGUCGCUCAGAAACCUGAUGAAGUUGAUGUUCUCAAAGAGGAAGUGGCUCGCGAGCUCAAGUCGGCCUUGUCUUCGAUCAAGCUGUCGGAGCGUGGAGUGUACGUGCAGGCCUCCACCCUGGGCUCCUUGGAGGCCUUGCUCGAGUUCCUCAGGACUAGCAAUAUUCCUUAUUCUGCCAUCAGGAUAGGACCGGUGGUGAAGCGUGACGUCAUGAAGGCGUCCGCCAUGUUGGAGCACGACUCCCAGUACGCCACUAUAUUGGCGUUCGAUGUUAAGAUUGAACGUGAUGCUCAAGAGAUGGCUGACCAGUUGGGCGUGAAGAUAUUCGCAGCAGACAUCAUUUAUCACUUGUUCGAUAAGUUCACGGCGUACCGCGAGGAACUCAAGCAGAGGAAGAGGGAAGAAUUCAAACAUAUCGCCGUGUUCCCCUGCAAGCUUAAGGUACUCCCGCAAUUCGUAUUCAACUCUCGUGACCCAAUCGUCAUGGGUGUGAUGGUAGAAGCUGGCAUCGUGAAGGAAGGAACACCUAUCUGUGUGCCUAGCCAAGAAUUUGUGGAGCUGGGCAUAGUGACAUCUAUCGAGGUGAACCACAAGCAAGUGGAGACGGCUCGUAAGGGACAAGAGGUUUGCAUCAAGAUCGAGCCCAUCCCCGGCGAGUCGCCCAAGAUGUUCGGCAGACAUUUCGAUGAGACUGAUAUGCUAGUCAGCAAGAUAUCUCGUGCCAGUAUUGACGCGUGUAAGGACUACUUCCGCGAAGACCUCAUCAAGACGGACUGGCAGCUGAUGGUCGAACUGAAGAAACUCUUCCAGAUAUUGUAACCCACCUACCACUUGCAGUGUCCCCACACGGUGAAGCUCUCCAAUUAUUAUUACUUACGACGUAGAUACGUUUCGUCAAAGCUUUGUCUGUUCCAUCUACCCCUAGUCCCUUCUCCAUUGUAUCAUAGAAUCUCACCACAGCUACAAUUUGUUAUCAUUUUUUUAUAUACUAACUUGAUUUUAUUGAAAACUGUUAUAACUUUAUUGGUGGGAAAAUGCGAAUGUCAAUGUCACGGCUGAGCUGCUUGUAUUUUAUUUUAUCUUAUCUGAUGUUUUACCUACUGCCACGUCUUGUAACUACCGAUGUAUUAUGAAUGGCAAAAUUGUCGAAUAUCUCAUACUUCGAGACACAUUGUAAAUAGUAUUAUACAUGUUUAUUUAUUUAUUAUCAACACCACACGUGUUUGGUAUGAUUUGGUUGGACCGAAAGGAUUAUAAGAAGCUG